CAAAACGAGGACCCGAAAAGCUGCUCGUGGCAGAGAGAGAAGAGCAGGACCCAUCCGAAGAACUUCUGAAACCUCUGGGGGUCUACAUAGAACAAACAUAAAGUUUUAGGACUAGAAACGAAAAUUGAGGAAGAUGGAGGACCAUUUCGAGGAUUCAAAAAGUACGAUUCUCUGGCGAGUCAAAGCCCUUUUGCUGGUUUGGGAACUUUGGUGUGACUCCAUCUCAGGCUCGGGAGCAGCUUCCUUCCCGGCGAGCCAAGCCGAAACCUCAGUGCGGAGGAUGGGGAGCAGGGAACCACUGGAGCACUACGGCUUGCGAUCGGCGAGCUCCUUCUCCUCGCUGCACGACCUUAACGCCGACCGCGAUGCCGUCACCGAAGACAGCUUGGACAACGACGGGGACUCUGCCGCUGUCGAAUGUAUGCACGAAUCUUACCGGGCUUCGUUGCCGCUUCAUGCUGUCGGAGUUGACGAAGGUCGAACCGGCCUCGAGAACAGUGGGAGCUCGAGCAGCCCUUAUAAUAUGCUAUCCACUGAAGAUGUUUCACCGAUCGAAUCGGCGAAGGCGAGAUUCCUGCAAAUUAUCGUGGAUCAUUUCAUCAUUGAUCAUGUGAUCGAGGUUACCGACCCUGAGACUGACUACUCUGGACAAGUUGGGCAAGAUAAGCUGAACAAGAGGAAGCCGGGAGAGGUCCAGUAUGAGGGUGAUCCAAGAUUUGCCCUGCCUCAAAUGUAUAUUGCGAAUAUGUACGAAACCUUGGUGAAUGAUGUAAAUAUUAGGCUUGCUUCCUUAAAUGGUAUUCGUGAAAAGACUAUCGGGGUAGCUCUUGAAGCGUCCGGUGGUUUGUACAGAAGGCUAGCUAAGAAAUUCCCGAAGAAAGGACCUUGUACAUAUAGGAGAAGAGAAUUGGCUACUUCUGUUGAAACAAGAACAAGAUUCCCUGAGUUAGUUAUACAAGAAGAGAAACGGGUUCGUUUUGUUGUUAUUAAUGGUUUGGAUAUUGUCGAGAAACCAAAUGGCAUGUCGAUUGAUGAUGCUGAGUGGUUUAAACGAUUAACAGGUCGGAAUGAAGUAGCUAUCUCGCCUCGAGAUUAUAAGUUCUAUUCUCCUAGACACAAACAAAAGCGUGUCGGUUCAAAUUCAGCAUCACACAUCCCCGGUUUGCCUACAUUUAAUGAGACGGAUAGCUCUUCAACCAUGGCUGCUGCACAAGGUUUUCGCUCCAUUACUGAAUCACCGAAUCAGCAAGCAACUCCGUCUAAGCAUCACAUGCAGUCGAUGUCCCAUCAGCCUCAGUUUCAUCCGAUUCACCAGAGCCUCCAUCAGCAAAUGCACCAAAGCCCACACACCUCUCACUUUCCCCAGAACCUGCCCGAUAUCCCUCAUCCGCAUCACUCUCCUACGAUAUCACAACACAUGCCGUGCUUACAGCCCCUUGUCGGGGCCCAUGUGGGAGGGCGCAUGCAUGUAAUGGCUUCGACCCCUGCAAAGUUCUGCGAUGAAUGUGGGACACCGUAUCUGAGAGAGACCUCGAAGUUCUGCUCCGAGUGCGGUGUCAAGAGAUUAGGAACGUGAUAGAUUCUUCUAAAAUUGUUUCUCAGUUGGAAUUUUGGGUAUAUAUUGUUAAGGACCUGUGUAAAUAUUGAUACUUGAAGAGAGACAGUAAUUGGUUGCUUGUAACUUUUCAGAGUGAAAUAACUCACAAUGAAUCAGUGAUACCAUGUUGGCUCCUGAUUCUGAGCA